AAAAAAAAAAAAAAACAAAAACAAAAAAAUGGAACAUUUUCAAUCUCACAGGGCCCAAGUUGUAACUGUAGCUGUUGCCUUGGCUGCCGUUGGUGCUGCUACUGCUUAUUAUCUUUAUGUUUCGAAGAAACCCAGAAAAGCUUGCUUGGGUCCCGAAGAAUUCAAGGAAUUCAAACUCGUUAAACGCACUCAACUCAGUCACAAUGUGGCCAAGUUUAAGUUUGCUUUUCCUUCACCAACAUCAGUCUUGGGGCUUCCAAUUGGACAACAUAUGAGUUGCAGAGGAAAGGAUCAGAAUGGUGAAGAUGUUAUCAAGGCAUAUACUCCAACAACUUUGGAUUCAGAUUUAGGGUACUUUGAACUAGUCAUAAAGAUGUAUCCUCAAGGAAGGAUGUCCCACCACUUCCGGGAGAUGCGUGAAGGAGAUUCUUUGUCUGUGAAGGGACCCAAGGGACGCUUCAAGUAUCAACCUGGCCAAGUUAAAGCAUUUGGCAUGCUGGCUGGGGGCACUGGCAUCACUCCGAUGUUCCAGGUUGCUAGAGCCAUAUUAGAAAACCCAAAUGACAAGACUAACAUUCAUCUUAUUUAUGCCAAUGUUGCUUACGAGGACAUCCUGUUAAAGGAAGAGCUCGAUGAGCUCACCAGUAGAUUUCCCUAUCGUAUCUCCGUCUACUAUGUUCUGAAUCAGCCACCUGAAGGAUGGGAUGGCGGUGUAGGGUUCAUAUCCAAGGAAAUGAUUCAAGCCCAUUGCCCUGCCCCUGCUGAAGAUAUUAAGAUUUUGAGGUGCGGACCGCCUCCAAUGAACAAGGCAAUGGCCGCCAAUCUUGAAGCUCUCGGAUACUCUCCCGAAAUGCAAUUCCAGUUUUAAGUCUCCAUUCUUAUGUCUUAGCCUGCAAUUUUUUUAAAAUGAAUCACCGAAGGAAAUUUCAGUCC